CACCGACUGCCGGGACAGUAGGCCUCCGGAACCCUGCCUCUCGUGAACCUAUACGGGUGAGGGGCAAUUAGGUUUUUGGGGAGCGCUCCGGCGCGACUACUGGCAUCACGACGUCGUCAUCGGACGACGAGUUCCUCCACACCGACAACUUCUUCCCGGACCUCAGCGACUUCUUCGGCAACCUCAACAUGGGCGACAACGACUACAAGGCACGUCUUGUGGCCAAGGAGCAUCAAUCGAGCAAGGGGUCGCGCUCUCAUGGCUUCGUUUGCGCCUAAACUCGUCGCCUUGUUCCUCCUUCUAUUGUUCCACCUCAUAACACUCUCGUCAGCGACUUCCACCCUCAGAGACGACCUCUUGGGCGCCGCCCGCGCGCCAUCGUUCGCGUCGUGGCUGCGCGGCCUGCGGCGGCGCAUCCACCAGCACCCGGAGCUGGCCUUCCAGGAGCACCGCACAAGCGAGCUCGUGCGUGCCGAGCUCGACGCGCUCGGCGUCUCCUACGUCUGGCCCGUUGCCCGGACUGGCGUCGUGGCCACGAUCGCUGGCGGCGGAGGCAUCGGGCCCGUCGUCGCACUCCGGGCUGACAUGGACGCGCUCCCCUUGCAGGAAUUGGUAGAUUGGGAGUACAAGAGCUUGGAAACUGGAAAGAUGCAUGCUUGUGGACAUGAUGGUCAUGUGACCAUGCUUCUCGGAGCAGCCAAACUACUUCAAUAUAGGAAAAAAGGUUUGAAGGGUACUGUAAAGCUUGUGUUCCAGCCAGCUGAAGAAAGCUACGGCGGAGCCUACUACAUUUUAGAAGAAGGUGCUCUCGACGAUGUCGAGGCCAUAUUCGGCUUGCAUGUUUCCCCACAUCUCCCCGUAGGCGUCGUCGCAUCCAGGCCAGGACCGUUCCUUGCUGCUUCUGCUCGGUUCAGCGCGACAGUUACCGGAAAAGGUGGACACGCCGGUGGCCCUCACAACGCCAUAGACCCUAUCGUUGCUACUUCUUCUACCAUCCUGAGUCUUCAACAGCUCGUCGCCCGCGAAACCGAUCCUCUUGAGGCCGCCGUGGUGUCUGUCACGUUGCUGAGAGGAGGCGACGCUUACAAUGCCAUACCUGAAUCUGCGACAUUCGGUGGCACCGUUAGGAGCAUGACAGAUGAAGGCCUGGCAUAUCUCAUGAAGAGGGUCAAAGAGAUCAUAGAAGGCCAGGCCACCGUGCACCGCUGCGCUGCCACCGUCGACUUCAUGGAGGAGGAACUCAGGCCGUACCCAGCCACCGUCAACGACGAAGGGAUGUAUACGCAUGCUAAGGCAGUCGCAGAGGUCAUGCUUGGGGAAGCUAACGUGAAGCCGGCUCCCCAGAGCAUCGCGUUCUACGCGCAGAGAACAGCGGGCGCCUUCUUCUUCAUCGGCGUCGGCAAUGAGACCACCAUGGACAGGGUAAGUCCUGUGCACUCGCCGCAUUUCGUCAUGGAUGAGGAAGUUCUUCCGAUUGGGGCUGCGUUCCAUGCCUCUGUUGCAGUUGAGUAUCUGAAGUGA